GUCUGUGUGGUCUUGGUUUUUUAAUUUUAUAUUUAUUGUAGAUUUUGUUCAAUUUUUUCCACCAUUGACCCAUGACACACUAAAGUCUCACAGGGGCUCAGAAGUCUGGUAUCCAGUUACUCUCAUUUAAUAUGAUGGAUAUAAGAGUGGUCUCUGACAGCACACUUAGGUAAAAGGGGUUGAAAAGCUAUGCAGAGAAUAGAGAAAUAAACCUUUGACUUGCAAAUUACUCAUGUGAUGAUGUUGAAAUAUUGGCAAAACUGGAGAAAGAGUCUUGUGCUUUAGCAACUGACUUAAGUGCUUGCAUGCAGUUUUAUUUUUCCACUGCAGGUAAACACAGUUUUUUAGCUGAGAAUCUAAGUAAAGCAUACUCAGUGAUGUAAUUUCUUUAUUAAUCUAGAUUAUAUAGGAAGAUUUAGAAUACUACAUGAAUGCCUACCACUGAUACUAGUGAAUUUUAGGGAUACUAAAUCCUGGAUACUACAGGAUUUUAGGAAUAAAUAGGAGUGAAUUCCUAAUUGGAAAAUGGACCUUUUUUUUUGUCUGUAGGGGAAGUAUAGUACUAAAUUGCUGCAUAAUCUAAAAAAACAGCUUUUAUAGUUUAGACACUGCUUUUUUUGUGUAAACAUUUAGAGAUUAGAAUUUGAUAGAUAUAGGGAAAAAUAAAAUCAUUUAGGUUGGAAAAGAUCUGUAAAGUUAUCAAGUCCAAGCCAGCACUAUCAAGCCCACCACUAAACAGUCAUGUCUACAUGUAUGUCUUCUAAAUCCCCCCUGGGAUGCUGAUUCCACCACUUCCCUGGGCAGCCUGUUCCAGUGUUUGACAACUCUUUCAGUGAAGAAAUUUUUCCUGAUAUCCAACCUCUCCUGGCACAACUUGAAGCCAUUUCCCCUUGUUCCAUCAUUUGUUAUUUGAGAUAAGUGACCAGCUCCCAGCUCCCUACCUCUUCCUUUCAGGUAGUUGUAAGGGUGUAGGUGUAAGGGUUGUAAGGGUGAAGGGUUUGCAGCUUUUCUCAAGCACUAAAAUAACUGAGAAUAUGCAGGUUAUAGUCACUUCUUCAUGUUAUUCAGAACUUUUUGGGUAAUUGUGAAACUGCCAAGAGUAUUAUUAGUAUUGUGCUGCAGUUUGGGAACAUUUUGAGGAAUGAAGCAGAGCUGGCACUUCCAGAAUGCUACAUUUGGUCUAAUCUGUGCAGAUGCUUUGUGCAUGAAAAUGCUGUCAGAGAGUAAAUUAGUUUAACUGUGGCACGUAUUUAUCUUUAUCCACAAAUGACCAGAGUAUCUAGAGGUUCAUGUUUUUCUUCAGAAAGUCCCUCAGGACUAGUUUGUAACUUUACCUGACUUUACACAUGAGGUCUCUUGGUUCCUUUUAUGACAGCACUGUUUCUUUUCAUUUGAACCCCACUAAUUCACCCCCCCCCAUAAAAAAAAAAAAAAAAACAGACAAAAGAAGAACCCUAAAAACUAAAAAAUCAAUGAAUAGAAGUCCUGCUCUGGGGAAAAAUAUAAAUCUCAUUUCUACUGAAAAAUAACCAUGUUCAGGCUUUGUUAACAGCCUAUAGCUUGGUCAUGGAGCAAGUUGAGGUGAUAGGGGCUAGAAAACACCCACAGCAUCUUUUCCUUUUUGUGAUCUCUCUGGGCACCCAGGAUAAAAGCCUGGGGCCUCCCCGAUCAAGUAGUACUUGUGACCACAAAGUUUCCAACCUGGCUGCCCUAAUGCUGGGGGUGUGGGUUGAUUAGGGCUGGGUGAACUGGUGUAGAGUGCUGGUGAAAGUCACUGUGCCCAUCUUGGGGAAUGGGGGCUGGCAGAGCACUGCUUUGCCACCAUCAAUCUCAGGGUUUGGUCUGAGUUUGAAAAGGAACAGGCACUCCAUUUCCCUUUUCUGAUGCUGCAUCUGCUGUCCUGUCCUGCCUUUUAAAUUUUCAGCACGUGGUCUGGCUUCUUUGCCAUCUCAGACACGUCAUUUUACUUGGUUUUCUUCACAUUAGAGCUGACGUAAAUACUCUAACCCAUGAGAAAUAUGUGCCACAAAGCUUCUACGUCCUUGUGGUGAGGACUGCCACAGAACACUGUGAAAUUAUCAUCAGUGGUAAAUACUGGUUCAGAAAAACGUGAUGACUUCAGGGAUUCUAUUGAGACGUUUUUAAAUGGUUUUGAGUGAUGUAAUCAGGUUAAAUACAAGGAGUGAUUUUGCAAAGUGGACAGUAAUGGAGUAUAUGAGCACGGGUAGUGAUAGCAAAGAGGAGAUUGACUUGUUGCUAACUGAUCUAAAUAUGUCUGAGGUGAUAGCCAUCAUGGAAAACCAUUAUCCAGGUGAAGACAUUGCAGUCUAUGAAGACAGCUUAAUUACCAUGUGUGAAGAGGCAAAUCAAAAUGAUGAACGUGCAGAAUCAUUACUGUUUUGUGAAGGGGAGGUCUCUUUGAUGUCCUCUGUCAAAUACGGGACUGUGGAAGACCUGCUUGCUUUUGCCAAUCAGGUGUCUAACACUGCAAAGCAAUUUAAAGGAUGCAGACAACAGGAAUCUGGAAUCCUCUUGAAUAUGAUCACACCCAAGAACGGGCGCUAUCAAAUUGACUCAGAUGUGCUCCUGUUUCCAUGGAAGUUGACUUACAGGAAUAUUGGUUCUGAUUUCAUUCCUCGGGGAGCUUUUGGGAAAGUGUACUUAGCCCAAGACAGAGAAACCAAGAAACGAAUGGCAUGCAAAUUGGUCCCAGUGGAGCAGUUCAAACCAUCAGAUGUUGAAAUACAGGCAUGUUUCCGUCAUGAAAACAUUGCUGAAUUAUACGGCGCUAUUUUGUGGGAUGAGACAAUCCAUCUCUUCAUGGAAGCUGGAGAGGGAGGAUCUGUCAUGGAAAAGCUGGAGAGCUGUGGUCCUAUGAGAGAGUUUGAAAUAAUUUGGGUGACAAAGCAUAUUCUGAAAGGACUUGACUUUCUCCACUCGAAGAGGAUUAUCCAUCAUGAUAUCAAACCAAGCAACAUUGUCUUUAUGUCAACUAAGGCUGUUUUGGUGGAUUUUGGCCUAAGUGUUCAAAUGACUGAAGACAUUUACUAUCCCAAAGAUCUUAGAGGAACAGAGAUUUACAUGAGCCCUGAAGUUAUCCUUUGCAGAGGCCACACGACAAAAGCAGACAUCUACAGCAUGGGAGCUACUAUUAUUCAUAUGCAAACGGGCAUCCCGCCCUGGGUGAACAGAUACCCUCGUUCUGCAUAUCCCUCCUACCUCUACAUUAUACACAAACAAGCUCCCCCCUUAGAGGAUAUUGCUGAGGACUGCAGCACUUCCAUGAGAGAGUUGCUAGAAGCAGCUCUGGACAGGAACCCUAAUCACAGGCUGUCUGCAGCAGACCUGCUGAAGCACGAGGCCUUACACCCACCCCCAGAAGAGCAGCCGCGGUGCCAGAGCCUGGACUCGGCGUUGUUUGAAAGGAAAAGACUGCUCGCCAGGAAGGAUCUGCAGCUGCCAGAAAAUAUCACAGAUUCCUCAUUGUGUAAUGGGAGCAUGGAAGAGUCAGACCUGCUAAAGAGACAAAGAUCACUCUACAUAGACCUUGGAGCUCUAGCUGGUUACUUCAAUAUUGUUAGGGGACCACCGGCCUUAGAAUUUGACUGACUCAGUAACAUUUUAUAUCUGAGUCAGAAAUGGACCUCUACCUCUUAAAACUUGAUUUGAAGACUUGAUUUUCCAGUUUGUACAUAAAACUAUUGCCAUUAUAGGCUGUAAAAAUGUGAAUAGUGUUUAAUUGCACAGAUGAUUAAGCUAAACCCUUAGGGACUCUGAUAAGCUGAUCCCAAGCAGUGAUGUUUGUGUGUCUGCUGGUUGACCAACAAGAAGAUGGCAAAAGAUCACUGCUGCUGGGGAUGUCUUAAUCCGGGAUAUCUUCCUGUGCUGGGCCUUGCACUUUUGUAAAACUUGUAUUAUAUGCUUGCAAAUAAUGUCAGGAAAAAAUAUAAUAUUAUUUAGCAUGUGGGCUGUAAGAUUCAGUCUCUCUGAGCUGUCCUUAGAAAAAACAUUCCUGCCACCCCCCACCUCGAAAAAAAAGGAAAAAAGAAGUCCUUGAUUUAACCAGUUAAAAACUGGUUCAGUCUUUUUCUGUCUUUAAGACUUGGUCAUUCUUGAUCUUUAAGACUUGGUCAGCCUCUAGCCAAUCUUAAUGAAAAUUAAGAAUGUCUGUGGAGUCAGAUUAUCACUUGUUUGCAGAUGUGUUUUAAUUUUGCAUCUUCCCUGGGCAGUGGGAGCUAAGAAGGAGGCUGUCCCCUUCUCUGUGCGUCAAGGGAACCUUUCAAUGGCAGUAUCAGUUUGAGAUUUGCACAGCAAGUUGGCCCUGACAAGUAUGACAGCAACUUCAACUCCUUCGUAUGUUACAACUACUGCAAGGGUAUCUAUGAUCAUUUUCAAGGGUAGAUCAAAUGUUAAUGCUCUAUUGGUAACAGUGGGCAGGCUCCAAACUCUUGCUUUUUAAUACUUUAAAAUUGUACACAUGUAUAAUUGCUGUGAGUGCUAUGGUUUGGAAAGUGUGUCAUUAGUGACAAGCAGUGUUUAUGUUCCUAUGGAAAUGGAAUUAUUUUGUUCUUGCUGUGCCUCAUACAUUUGAAACAUGAUGUUUUGGAUGAUAGUAAAACUAUGUAAACUGCAUAGUUCUGUACAUCCCAUGGGAUGAGAACGUAAACUUUUAUAAAACUCUUUCUGAUGCUUAGGAUGACUCUUUAUAAGCAUUUUUGUUAAAUGGCAUACUGUGUAUGUUGUACACUGAAUCUUUUCUGAAGCACAGUCUCUUUUUCAUGUCUGUUAUUUAAUGCUGCUCCUCUCUCACACAUGGUCUUAAACAGAUGAUUUAUAGUUUGAUACUGAUAUGGUUAAAUGAAUAAAUCCAGCUCAGUGCCUUGA